AGAAUAGAAUGAAUUAAUCUAAAUGUUUAAGAAUGUCAUUAGAAACAACAGCAAAAGAUUGGUUAUCAGAUCCAGCCUGGAAUAGGGUGUUUAAGAAUACUGUUGAUGUGAUAAAAGAUCAAAUUUUCAAGUGCAUGGUACUUGCCGCUGCUUUAGCGAUUGCCAUCCGAAUAGGAGCUAAUCUACAGUCAGGAGAUCUUGUAUGUGUUGUGGUUGAUUGUGAUGGGGAGUUUGAUCUCAAGGUUCUAGCUGGACCCUUUCAUGUAACACUAGCUAACUAUGCAGCACAAGAUGAAGGAUGUCACCACCAAGUGUUUCAAGAUAGCUCUCAUCAUUUCCCUGGUUUCUCCAACUACAGUCCGUUCAUUAUUAUGAUCGAAGUUUUAUCUUUGAUAUUUUUUGAAAAGAUAGUUCAGUUUGUUCCACGGCUGAGCCAAAGAUUAGAAAGAUUUUACAAGUCUGUUGUUGAAGAAACAUUAAUGGGCAAGGAUCCAGAUGUUGCCGAGGACUUUGCGGGAAAUAUUAUUUCUAUCGAUAAGAUUCUUCGUUUGAGACAAAGAGAGGAAAUUCUUGGAGCCCUAAAAACCAGUAACUGGUUCUACAAUUGCUACCUGUCCAAAAAUGUUGUUCAGAUUGUUUUAGGUGUUCUAUAUUUCUACAUCAACAUGGACUAUAUUACUAAUUCUUCAGAUAACCUCGGAUACUGUAGCAUUCCUCUUGGAAUAACUGUUAAUACAAAUGUUACCAUGCAGUGUAAACAAAAAAGAUUUGAUGUUAUUUGGACAUUGUUGUCUACAUUUUCAUCCUUUAUUGUCAUCAUAAUAGUUCUUAAUUUAGCUGCCCUUAUUUGGAUUUGGGAAAAGUCUGGUCUUCGAAUCAUAACAAAUAUAGUUAGAAAUUUAAAAGAAUCUGAGAAGCAAAUACUCGUCAAGUCGAAUGGAAUGGAUUUUCUCUUCUUGUUUGACAUGAUUGCUCACAACUGUGGUAUUCCUGCCACUCUCAGAGUCUUAACUUACAUUGCACCAAGAUUCACACAAUUCUGCGUUCCACAAAUUGACAUGAAAGAUUUAAAAAUGACUGAAUCAACAUUAAGUAUCACCUGGAAACCACCUCCACUACAAAAAGUAAAUGGUAAACAAUAUCAUCAUCUCUGUCUUCAGAAGUUUGUAGCAACAAUUUUUCCGAAGAAAGAUGGAGAAAACUACAAAGAUGUUCUUAAAAAUGAGAACUAUAUUGCAGAGUUUGAAAACCUUGAAGGAGGCACUAAGGAAUACUUGAUAACAGUUUCAGCAAUCAUUAGUGAUGCUAAGAUGAAAGGAGCAACAAUCAGAACUCAUCUUCCUCCCCACCCUCCUCAAAACCUUAGGGUAAACACAGAGGCAUCCCCAGAAAAUGAGGGUUCUCGCCUCAAGGUUUCUUGGAUUAAACCAAAAGGAGAUUUUGAUAAAUUCCGGUUAUUGAUAUGUAAACUAUCACCUGCUCCAAGUUCUAUUCAAGAUAAUACAAGAACAGAUCUGGAUUUGUCUAAAGAUAGUGUUCAGUAUACAAUUCAAAAUCUGUAUCCUGGAGAAGCAUACGAAGUUCAACUUCAAAGUGUUUCUGGUAAUCAAUGUUGUCUUGCAAGACUUACACCGGUAAUGACUUGCCUGACUCUUCCUAAUCCCCCAGAUGAAAAUAAUACAAAGGUAUUGUAUCAAGAAGAUCAAGUUGUUGUGUACUGGCAACCCCACAAGAAUGACAACGGGCACAGCUUUUUAGAAGGCUAUGAAGUAGAGUUAAGGAAUGCUUCGGGAAUCGAACUGGUGAAGGAUAUUCUUAACCCCCAUACAUUUAGGUAUACAUUUUCUGAUCUUGCUCAUGGUCAAGAAUAUAUUAUUGGUUUGGCAUCUAUUUGUCGACUGCGAGAUGCAGAAAACCGAAUAGUUCACACAGAAAAGAGUGUACAGGUUCACAAGAACUUUAUGUCACUACCAUGCCCACCAUCUAAUUUCCAUCUUGUUAAGUCUGAACCAUUUGCUUUAAAGCUUCAAUGGGAAUGUCCAUAUUUGAACGCUAAGGAUUUGAGUUAUGCAGUUUGUAUAGAAUAUCUGGGAGAAACUGAUGAUAAUAAGUUUAAAUCUGAAAAAAUAGUGGCUGAAACAAGUAUUCAACUCUCAAAUCUUCCUCAUGCAGGCGCUCUGUAUGAAAUACACUUACGAACUAUGAUGAGCUACAACUCUGACAUUCUGUACAGCCGUGUUGCAAAGGGGCUUUUUGUCACCAAACCCUGUCCUCCAUCUGAGCUAAGAGUCAUUCAUCAUGAAAACCAAGAGUUUGCCUGGAAAAAGUCUGUAACAAAAUCAGUUCAACAAUACAAGUUUAAGAUCAAGGGUGAAGAGAAGUCUCAAGACUUCUUAAUUCCUUCUGUAGAAGGAGAAUAUGUAACAUUCCAACUUCCAAUUGAUCUGGAGGAAGGGGUUGAUUACAAUAUCAACCUCUACAGUCAAGUUUUCAGCAAUGAUAUUUGGCAUGAAAGUAAUCCACUUUUCUUGAAAUUAUUAAAAAGUACAGAUUCUUCGCCAUAUUCAUCAGCUGUAGAUUUUGAUGAAAUGGAUGGAGGUCUGAUAAAGAAUCCUUUUCCAAAACUUAUUAUAACAAGUCCAAAGUCUUCCAAAACUGCUGAAAAGAGUAAUAAUGAACACGUGGAGCUAAGUAGCACUAAAUCAUUUGUAAAUCGACAAAGCAGUAUUAUCAAAUAAAUGUCAUUGUUGUGAACAUAAUUUACAAGCAUUAGCAAUCUAAAAUUUUAAAUUCAUGUUUUAUUAUAGCUUUCUCGUAGAUGUUUAAUAUAGGAGUAAACAAGGCUUUUAAUUUUAAUGUAUGAAAUUUGAGGCAAAUUGUAACUAAAUACCACAACCUCUAUUUUUCUAAUCCCUACAGACUUUUAACCAUAUGAUGUAAACAGUUUUUAAUAAUGUUGUGAUUAGAAAAUUAUAAUAUGUUACAAUUGUCUAUGGUAUACCUUUCAGGACAAUCUUUUUAAUGUUGUAAAAUAUUUUCUGGAAAUCUAAAAUUCUACAAUUUAAACUUUUGCAUAAAAGCAGUUAUGGAACCCUUGUAAUAUACUUUCAAAUUUACGAAACAAUACUAAUGAAAUAUUAAAUUAGCUUAUAUGUCUGUGUAAAAAAACACACAAUUUCUAUAGAAUUUUAUUUCAAUAAUCCAUUAAUCUAAUGUUAUUUAAUUCGAAUAAUGAUAAGUGUUUGCCUUUUUUGCAUUUUUUUGGUGGAACUAUUUAUCGGAAAAUAAAAAAAAAAAAAAUA